GAAAACACACCGUCUCCGCUCCUACUUUGGCUUCACUCGCAGCUCCCAUCGAUUGUCGGGGAUGUGACCCCGGAACAGGACGGCUCCCUUAGAAACAACUCAGCCUUUAUAAAUAACACACAAAACAAGGAAACAUAAAAUAAAUCCUGGACCAGGAGAGUGGUGCUUCAGGACCAGGGGGGAUGAACCGGGAGGAGGCCCCUGGCAAGUCUCCUGAGGAGAUGUACAUUCAGCAGAAGGUGCGAGUGCUCCUCAUGUUGAAGAAGAUGGGAUCAAAUCUGACGCCGAGUGAGGAAGCGUUCCUGCGGAACUAUGCAGGCGUGGUGCACAGUCAGAUGAGCCAGCUGCCGCAGCACAAUAUAGACCAGGGUGCGGAGGACGUGGUGAUGGCCUUCUCCAGAUCAGAGACGGAGGACAGGAGGCAGUGACCUCUGACCCCGCAGCAGCUCCUCACUCCAUCUGACCCUGAGCCUGCAGAGUGGCGGAGAGAGAGAAAGAGACGGAUUGAGAGUGAGAAGGAUGGGAGAGGAGCAAGUCUGUCCUUCACCCGUCACUCUUCCUCAUUCCCUCCUCUUCCUCACACUAAGCGUCACUCCAGCAGCCGAGUUCCAGCGGCCCGGAGCCUUCAGCACAGCAGGCUGACACAUGAGUCAGACCGAGUGACCUUUUUUUAUUUUUAACUUUUUCUUUUUUUCUUCUUCUUUUUUUUUUUUGCAUCAUGCUUCAGGCCAUAGUUUUCUGUGUGAAAGUGUGUGUGUGUGUGUGUGUUUAAGUGUGUGUGGCUGAAUGGACCAAGAGCUUCAUUUGUCUGGUCAAACCAAGAGCAAAGCUGGGAUGAAUGGAGAUAAAGGGACUUAAACGGGGUUGUUUUCAGGUGUGUGUGUCUUUGUGUGUGGGGUGCUGUAGAGGUCAUUGAAAUUGUGUGUGUGUGUGUGUGUGUGAAACGUUCUACCAGAUUAUAAUCCUCAUCAUUAUCUCAUCACGUUAUUGUGCAUGAUGUUGAGGAUGCUACUGCACUACAUCAUAAAGGACAUGCUGUGUGUGUGUGUGUGUGUGUGUGUGUUUGAGACCCACAUAUGUUUUCUUUUUUUUCCACAUACAGCUGUAUAAGACUCAUUUUUAGUAAUAUCAUCUUUGGAUCAAUGUGAAAUUUCCUAACCGUUUUUUAAUCGUAAGGACGACAAAAAAUACUAGUGAACAAAUUGUGCCAACUGUCUUUUAUUGUAGAAUGAAUUUUUUUGUAACGUAUCUAAUGAAUGUCUCGGGUCCUUAUUUAUUUUUAUUUUUUUUUCUUCAAACUGGACGUGAUCAGUAACCCGUUUAAAGUUCAUUCAGCAGUUUGCAAUAACACUAUCAGAUCAGUGUGCUCUCUUCACAUCGUCGCUUAUUUCAGGGUUUUUACGCUUCUUAUAAAAAAAAAGGGUUAUACGUGGAACUUUUGUGAUGGGGGGGGGGUUGGGCUCUGUUGUAAAUCCUCCUUAGGGAUAACUGACAAUCCUAAUGAAAUUAUAGGGUGUCCCAUAUGCUCCAAACAAAGUUGUUCAUCAUGUCCACCCUUUUGUUUCGAUUUUUUUAUUUUUAUUAUGGGACAUCCUAUAGAUUUCCACCUGAGUGUUCAUUCAUAACCAUUUAUUUCUUCAGGUUAUAAUGUCUCGUCGUUAAAAAAAAAAAAAAAGGGAAUCUUUCUAACCAGUCUCCAAGCAUUUAUUAUUAUUAUUAUUAUUAUUAUUAUUAUUAUUAUUAUUAUUUUUUACUUCUACACUGAAAUUACUUACGAUUUUAAAAAACUUUUUAAAAAUACAUUCUUUCCAUCUUUUGUCCUUUUUAAAUAAGAUCAUCAGUAUUUAAUGUGCAUAGACGAUAAAUAAAAAAUUACCGUGUUAUCUUGCGUGACUGUAACGUGGUGUAUUUGAAACGACGCAUGCCGAACUUUUAUGGUGUACGUUCACGUAGAACUCGAAGUCUUUGCCACAACAAACAUUGAUGGAUAUUUUUGAUAUUUGUGGAAGCUAGUCCUUUCCUUCAACGCGCGUCUCGUAUCCUGUUGGCAAUAAGUCCUUAACCCGAUCUCCUCCGAGUUUACAUCUACAGGCUCACACACUUAUUUGUUUUUCCCCUGUAACUGUAUCACCAGUAACGAGGAUGUCUUUAUAAUUGUGUUUACUGUUUUCUAUGCAUUUUUUUCUUUUUUUUUUGUUCUUAAAGGAUAAAAGCUUUUUGAAGUGCAUGUAGAACUCACGUAUCUAAUGAAGAACUUUGGUUCUCCCGGUUAAGUUAAAGCCCCUAUAGAGAUAUCUCUCGGGUUUCUUAUUUUAACGUUUUUUUUCUCGCCGUCAUGUCAGACCAGAUUUGCCUUCAUUUCUGCCGUUCGGUUCGUUUCACCUUAAAGUCGAUUGUGCUGGAUGAUUUGUGAUGGUUACAUUAGGUUGUUUUGUUUUGUUUUGUUUUUCUAAAUGGCUGCUUCCAUGUCCUUCGACUUUAAUGCUUCCAAAAGCUGAUCCAUUAAAGGAGUUAAGGCU